UCUGCAUAUGGAUGGCAAAGAUUAGAAGGAACAUUGUCCCAACACUGACCUUGUAUUAUGAAACCACAGAUUGUUUUGUCCACUUUAACUUUUGUCUCCACUUGAUGAGCUGGUAGUUCAGUGUACUGUACAUAAGUUACGUAGGCCUGGAGAUAAGGUUGUUUAGAUUGUCAGACACUACCAACUUAGCAACCAGCCUACCUUGCCUGGACUCUCUACUAGUCAUAGCGCAUGCUAGCAACACCUAGGGCUGGGCUUAGUGACGCUUUGAGGCAAAGUGUAGCAACAAUUAAGAAAGGAGUAACAAUUUCAAGCUAAGCAACAGUAACCGUGAUCUAUACACAUUGCAAGAGAUUACAAUAAGAAAGAAAUAGCAAAGAAAGCUGUGCUUGGGAUAUCUAGGUUGCCCUUAGUAAUUGAUUUAAGCCUGGGAGCUUUUUUUAAUAUGGCUUCUACUCUCCCCUGCUCAUUUUGAUGAGACUUUUUUUGGAAUUCUUCAAAGAUCUUGAAGGACAAAAAAACCUGAUAUUUUGCCGUGUAAUCCAUAUCUAACCAACCUAUUACUCUGGAAAUUUGCCAUGACAGACUCUUCCAUGGUAGAUCACAUGACCCGAAUGAAACUCAAACUCUUGAAAAAGAAACUAGAAAACGAACGUGAGACCCUGGAGAACAUCGAGUCACCCCUCUCCACAACAAGGGGCAACAGAGCCGAUCGGAUUCCUCUUUCAGGGACUAGCGAUGGACAUGAGAAUGCACUGCAGAAUGCGCUGAAACGAAGGAAAGACCUCCUGCAGAAGCUGAGGAAGGAAAGGAAUCGCCCGUAUCGCCCCAUUUCCCCAACCUUCAGACUGGCUGAGGAGCUACUGUGGGAGCAGCACCUUCUGGAAGAAUUCUCACAGCCUUAUAUCUUGUCAAGAGAGCCCAGAAAGAGCUACAGGCCAGCACCAGGACCAGCUUACCUGCCUUCUGCUCUGGCUCCUGCACCAGAGCCACCUAGGAUCAUCCAGCACACAAUGCCUCAGCAACCUGCAACCAUCAUCCAACAGUUACCUCCACAGGCACCUCUCAUCACACAGAUCCCACCUCCACAGCCCCUCACAGCCCCCCGCUCUGGAAGUAUUAAGGAAGACAUGGUGGAGAUGAUGCUGAUGCAGAAUGCCCAGAUGCACCAGAUUGUUAUGCAGAACAUGAUGCUGAAAGCUCUGCCUCCGAUGGCAUUCUCGCAGCCCACUGGGACCGGGCCUCCCCUGCUGCAGUAUACCCAGCAGCCCCAGUUUGCUGCUCCAGUCAUGGUGAAAGCAGAAAAACCCAGGCCAUCAGCGGUACAUCAUCACCACUAUUACCCUUUGCCGGGAUUGCAGGCCCUUCCUUCUCAGCUGCCCAUAGCUGGCUGCUCUGCGUGGCCCCCUGUGAUGCCAUCCAGCCUUGGGGGAGAGCCUGGAGGAUUCCCAUCUGCUGUGCAUCACACGACCGGCCCCACUAGCAUAUUCUCAGCAAUGAACAGAUAACUAGUGAGCGGACAUGGACUUUGACCAGGACCCGUGCACAUGGAGCAUAGCAUCGCUGGACGUGACUUGCUUCAGAGUUCCUAAAAGAUUUGGGCUGACUGGAGUCUACUGUAAAUAGUUAUGUGCCAUUAGUGGAGCUGAUAACCCAGGGAGGGAUGGCAAGAGUGUGUAAUAGAUCAUGGACAUGCAAAAAACAUCUUGUUACAUCUUUUGGAUCUGGGCAGUUCGCAGAAACUUUGUGGCCCUGAGGCUGUUAUCAUUAAGAAGAGAAAUUGACCAUGGAGUCAACUAUUUCUUUGAUGUAGUCCUGGUGAUUUACAAAGAAUGUAAACUAAUUCCUGUUGCCUUGAACACAAGAGGACACACACAAUGAGAGACAGUUUCUGUACUCACAAUUCCAAAUCUCUUUUAGCCAACACUUACCCCUAAUACGCUUAGGGCCUGUCUACACUGCAGUCAGCCACAAUGGUUGCAGCAGGUGUAGAUACAACCAAACUGGCUUCGAUGUUACUGGGUCAAAUAACAAUAACAUGGAAGCCAGGGUAGAUGGCCUGGCUCCUAUGGCUUGAUUACCCAAGCCGUGGCUACAUGAGUUUGUCACACUCCCAGCUGCAACAUACACAACCUUAGCUUUUCCUGCCAGGGCCACUACCAGGACUAGGUGUCUGUGUCUGGCACUUGCUUUCUCUGUCUCCUUGGGGAAUGGAAAGUCCAGAGAAGCACUGAACAUAUCGUAUGAUUGUUGUGGGUGAUGGGUGCUGACUUCUUUUUUUUUCCACUGGGUGCUUAGCCCCAACUCUGCCCUGAGAACCUGUCCUCACUCUGGGCUUGUUCCUUUCAGCCCCUUCUCCUACACACCUCCCAUCUCUGUACAGCUGAUCCCUUUCCUGUGCCCAGCUCUGAAAGCAGAGGUGGAGGGGGCAGAAUUUCUUUUCUUCUGUCUGUCCAUUUUUGAGUCUUCAGUUCAAAAUUCACCACUGUAUCGUAAGGGUUGAUAAGAAAACAUGGCUCCUAUAUGAUACCACACGAACAGCAAGGUCAUCUGAGCACAGCCUGACAUAAUACCUGGUUCAUGCACUCGCCACCCCCACCCCCCCCAAGUACAAUGGCACCAAAUGUAAUUUGGUUCUGACGCUCAUUAACAUCAAUGAGAAUUGUUUUCUUCACAAGUGAUUUUUGCAGGAUUACGUGGGGCCCCCAUUCAUGCGUGGUGGCAUACCAGGGCACCACUCCACACCAGUUGGGACUGCACUAGACUGCAGUUCAGCACGCUCAAAUUGCUGUUUCCACAGUAAAGUGAUUCUUGUAUUCCAAAGCAUGCAUAAUAUUGCACCUGUAGGAAGAGGCUCUGGGCUGGGAUGGAAGGGUUGGGAGUGCUGGAGGGGGUUCCAGACUGAGGCAGGAGUGCCAUGUGUGGGAGGGUGAGAACUUGGGUUGUGUGUCGUAGUGGGGGGCUGUCUGCUCUAACCACGGGGUUCCCCUGCACUGUGAUGUGUGAUUUCCACUGACUCACCCACAUGUGUAUCGGCUCAGACACCUAGUCCCAGUCUGAGCAGAUAAGACUCUUCCCUAAGGGAGAGACGGCCACCUGGCUGGGGGGCAGGGCCUGGGAGCUAGUCAAUCUUAUCUGGAAAAACAAGGAGGGAAGAGACUAAGCUGAGUACUGGGGGUUGGGGGGGCUGGACCCCUACCCCAGGGGACUGAGGCUGCCUGCCCUGACUCCUGUAGCCACGUCACGUCUGUGCUGUGCUGUGCUGUGCUGUACCCUGGAGAAGCAAUAAACCCCCCUGUUCUUCUGGCUGGCGGAGACACAUCUUGCUGCUAUGGGGGUGCAGGAUGAGGGGGUCCCUGACGCCAUCGCAGGUUGAUGGUGCGGGCUCUGAGGAAGGGCCAGGAAU